AUGGGAAAAGUGUGGAAUCAACAGAUGUACCCUCAGUGCUCCUAUUACUAUCCCCAAUACCUGCAAACGAAGCCACCUGUUGCCCCGUCAUCACACCCCAUGGCGCCGCCCAGCCCAAGCACAAACAGCAGCACCAACAACAGCAGCAGCAGCAGUAGCACUGCAGGCUGGGAACAGCUCAGCAAAACCAACCUCUACAUCCGGGGUCUCCCCCCUGCAACCACAGACCAUGACCUGGUCAAGCUCUGUCAGCCGUAUGGCAAAAUUGUGUCAACAAAAGCCAUCUUGGACAAGACUACAAACAAAUGCAAAGGAUAUGGCUUUGUGGACUUUGACAGCCCCGCUGCAGCUCAGAAAGCCGUAGCUGCCCUGAAGACCACUGGUGUCCAAGCUCAGAUGGCAAAGCAACAAGAGCAAGACCCAACAAACCUGUACAUCUCCAAUUUGCCUGUGUCGAUGGACGAGCUGGAGCUGGAGAACAUGUUGAAGCACUUCGGUCAGGUCAUAUCCACACGUAUCUUGAGGGACUCCAAUGGAGCCAGCAGAGGAGUGGGCUUUGCAAGGAUGGAGUCAACUGAGAAAUGCGAUGCAGUCAUUUCUCACUUCAAUGGAAAGUUUAUCAAGACACCUCCAGGCGUUCCAGCACCCCCUGAGCCCUUGCUGUGCAAGUUUGCUGACGGUGGGCAGAAAAAGAGGCAAAGCCAGAAUAAAUUUGUACAAAACGGUCGUGCCUGGGCGAGAGAUGGCGACACAAGACUGGCUGGAAUGACACUCACUUAUGACCCCAGUGCAGCUGCUAUGCAAAAUGGGUUUUUCCCAUCUCCAUACAGUAUUGCCAACCGGAUGAUUGCUCAAACAUCCAUGUCUCCUUAUAUCUCUCCUGUCUCAACAUACCAGGUGCAGAACCCCUCCUGGGUGCCUCACCAGCCCUACAUCAUGCAGCACCCAGGAGCAGUGAUAUCGCCCUCUAUGGACCCAGCUAUGUCACUGCAGCCUACUUCCAUGAUGGCACCUCUCACACAGCAGAUGAGUCACCUCUCUCUGGGUAGCGCAGGAACGUUUAUGCCCGCUAACACAGCUAUGCAAGGAGCCUAUAUCCCCCAGUAUGCGCAUAUGCAGACAACAACUGUUCCUGUGGAGGAAAAUGGUGCACAGUCACAAGUGGAGUCAUCUGGCGAUCAUUCCCCAUAUACCUAUCAACAAACUAAGUAGUGCUGAGGUAACAUUUGGACAACAGCUAAAACAAUCAUGGCUUCCUCAAAUGCAAUGGACGCUAAGGAUUUUUCACUGUUUUGCACAGGUUCUGCAAUUAUUUCCUUGUGUUUAUAAUACGAAUAAGUAAGACUAUUUUUGGUAUCAGUUCCAGAUGGUGCAAAUAAAAUGAUUGAUUUCAUCAAAUGAUGCUAAUUAUAUCAAAAAAGACAAAAAAGUUUGAAAAAAAAGUUUUAUUUUGAUAAUACAAAACGUUUAUUUUUUACCAAGGAUUGCCACAGGAUACAAGAAUCUAAUGGGUCGUGUGACUAGUUGUUAAAAGUGCAUGAUAGUAAUUAUGUCUUUUGUUUAUACUUCUAUGACUUUUUUCUUUUUUUCUGAAGAUUUAUCAGCCAGACAUCUUGAAAAUGAUGUUUUGUGCUUGCUGUGUGAGUGUUGCUAUGGUGAAGUGUUAAGUGUUUUUUCUUGUAAAGUGAUUUCUCUUAGUGCUCUAGAUUGAUCUUGCUGUCUGAUAAAAUUUGCCUUAAUAGUUUCCAUACAAUAGCUGUACAGACCACCACAGAGGCCGGCAAUGAGCAAAAAAUGUUGAGAGCUCCUGCCUUGUAAAUCAGCUAUAUAGGGCUUUCCUUUAUAAUUAAAUCUGCUGUGUUAGAUGUUUUUGCUUUUCCCCCUAAAACUAACAUAAAAGAAAUUUUAGACAAAAAAAGUUUUGAAUGAAAUGACUCUACAUCUGAUGAUUUUUAUUAGGAUGUAAUGUUUAUUUAAUCAGAGGACCUUACAUGUCUCUGGUUGUUGGAAUGUGGUAGAAAUUCUGCUGAAAGAUCACGUUUUGAAUCUUGCCUUUUGGAUUACUUGGUGUUGUAGAUUAGCUGAAAUGGACUUAUUGGGGUGGGGGGAAUGACACGGGACAAUUGUUUUUGUUUGUUGGUUAUUUUUUUUGUCUUUUUGGGUGAUGUUCACUGUCAUUUUGACAGGGUGUGUCUUUUUCACUUUUAUUUGAAAUGCUAACAGGAAAACAUGGACUUGUGAUUGUGCAAAAACUAAUCAAAGCCUUGUAUUACAACCUAGGCAAAAGUUCAAUGAGUUGGGGGGAAAUUGAGAUGAAUAUAUGGACUUUAUUGCACCUCGCUCUUUGAUAGGAAACACACAAACUUGGCACUUUCAAUUGUAGUUUACUUCACCAAAGACUGUGAGCUAGUACACUGAGGAAAUAGCAUCAUUUGUCUCUUUAACCAGGAUAUAAUUGAUCUGCAAGACAGAUUGCAGUUUGGAGAAUGUGCCUUUUUUGUACAUGAACAUUCAGUUAUCAUAGGUAUUAGUAAAGUAUGGAGACACACAAGCAUGAGGGAAGGCUUGGAUCCAACAAGUGCCACACAUGGGUUUCAUCACUACAGAAAAAAUGGAAAAUGCAACAUAAAAUUGAUUACUAGAUAGGAAAGAAGACAGUUUGAAACUAUGAAAUCACAAUGAUAUACAAUAGCAGUCCAGUCUGAUACGGCGUAGCGCAGCAGAUCAUGUUUUUGCUGUUUGAUUAUUCUUUGAUCAUAGCAGAUUAAAGCAGGCUUUUUGAUUAAGGUGUCUUCCAAGAAGCCUGUGAUUCGACCUGGUGGUCGGUCUGACCAGUUAUCUACCUCAGAGUUUCCUUUCUCCUCUGUAUUAGGCCGGGUUAGCAGGUCCAGCCCGCCCUUCCAGACCAAAUGCCACGCUCAGGAGCUGGCCACAUACAGCUGUUUCCUUUCAGGUUGUUUUUAAUAUUUUUUGAUUUUCUUCAAACCUAUUUUUUUAUGAUGUAUUAUCGUAAUCAUGAUGAGGGCAAUUGUGCAUAGAGCAUAUUUUUACUCAUGUUCAGACAUUCAGUUUCAUAGUUUCAAAAGAACUGCUGCUUUCAUGGCAAUAGAGUCCAGAGGCUGAUCUAAGUUCUUGAAGACCAAUGAAAACAAAGCGUUGUGGUAUUCACUGGAUCUGUGCUCCUAAAAACAAACAUCUUUGUUGCUUUGUCUAGCGUCCAGACAGACUUGCAGCAGCAUUUCCUCUGUAGUUGGCUAGAGUGUGCUACAAAAGUAAAGGGCCGUUGUGACUAUACUUGAGAUUUCUGUGUAAUGCCUGAGACUGAGAAGUAAUACUGUUGAGUCUUGUGAGGUUUAUGCUGCUAGUGGUGUCUGAACCAAGUGCCAUAGUAUCUGGGUCAAGAGUUGGAAAGGUGCAUCAAAGAAAAAAAUGCUCAUAUAAUUAACCACCAUGUUGAACAGUCAUUAAGUUAUAUGAAAAAGUAAUAAUUUAUGAAGAGUUUUGUACAGACAGCUUGAGGAAAUAAAAGAUUUUCAUAGAGAUAUCUAUAUGAAAGUUAAUUUUUUAUUUUGUUUUACAUGUGCCACACAUUUGCCAGUGGUAACUUGUAUGUCCAGUUUAAGGAAUCCUUCCUCUGUAUGUUUGUUUUGUAGUGUUUGUUAAAGCCAAAGACUUUUUUUCAGUAGAUUGUUACUUAAGGUUAAUUUCUGUUUAUUCUUUGACGUUUUUUGAAUAAAAACUUCAAAAACUUCCAACUUC